AGAGAGGUCGGCACGUUGCGUGACAGCCGUCAUGUGUCAAACUAGCACGUAACCUAACUAAACAAAUUUCAAAAUCGCUCAAAAUAUGUUUUCCACGAGCACGCAGUGUAAAAAUUGGAUGUUUAACAGCGAAGAUGAGUUAAAUAAAUUACGCGAAGCUGCGAAUUUGAAGCAUAUCCAAGCCUACGGCCGCCACAUCAAUGAAGCCGCUCGUUUCGAGUUUUUUCUCACUGCCGAGGAGGAAAAGAUAAUGGUGAAACGUUACGAAAUCCGAUUACGCGAUUUUUGUAAACGGUUUCAACCUCCGAUGACGCGGUGUGUGAUCGGGACUGCGUUCCAUUAUUUCAAGCGUUUUUACAUUCACAAUUCGGUAAUGAACCACCAUCCUAAGGAGAUAAUGGUCACGUGUAUUUAUUUAGCGUGUAAGGUUGAAGAGUUCAAUGUUUCCAUUCAGCAAUUUGUUGCCAAUCUCAAAGGCGACAGGGAGAAGGCCACUGAUAUUAUUUUGAACAACGAGUUGUUGCUGAUGGAGCAGCUGAAUUUCCAGUUGUCGAUUCACAAUCCGUUCAGGCCAGUGGAGGGACUACUAAUUGAUAUUAAAACUAGAUGUGCAUUAAAUGAUCCUGAACGUUUAAGGCCUGGAACUGAACAUUUUCUCGAGAGAGCAUUUUUAACAGACGUUGUGUUAUUGUAUUCUCCGAGUCAAGUGGCACUAGCUGCUGUUUUACACGCAGCCUCAAAAUUGCAAGAAAAUUUAGAUUCUUACGUCACUGAUACACUAUUUGGGGUUGAGGGAAGUGGCAAAUUGGCUGAAUUAAUUGAAGCCGUGCGAGCUAUCCGAUCUAUUGUUAAAAUGGUCGACGCUACGCCUGAUAAAAAUCAACAGAAACUUUUAGACAAGAAAUUGGAGAAGUGUAGGAAUCCUGAAAAUAAUCCCGAUAGUGAAAUAUAUAAGAAACGAAUGCAGGCUUUGCUGGACGAAGAUGACGAUUUGUAUCACCGUAUUUCGACAAGGACUGAUUCUUUGGAUAACUCCGCCUUAGGCAUGUCAGUGGGUGGUUCACCCGAAGUAGCGUAAUAUUGUGUACUGUAUUUCAAUUUUGUGAAUAAAAACUAUAACUUAAA